AUGGAUUGGUUAUUGCCCAAGAGAGAGAAACAAAAAUAUGUUUUGUUCAAAGAUAAACUAUCCUCUCUCAUAUCGUUCAAUAAUUCAUUAGCCACGGGAAUAGAUCAAAUAGAUGAUAUCAUCGCCACAAGAAACCAAUCGUUAUUACCAUUGAAACAAUAUCUUAUCGAAAAUAAACCUUCCACUGGCAACCCACUCUCCUCUACACCCACAAAAUAUGAACAGCUUUCUUCAAAUACAUCAAAUUCUUCCACAACAACAACUACAGCAACAACAACUACUCACAACAUUUCUGUCACUUGGUCUCCCGAAAAGGUGGAUCAAAUGUUAAAACAAGGUACGGGUAUACCUGCCUCUAUUGCACCCGAUCCAAAUUCCAAGCAAAUUUCACAUUCACACGCUCCAGUCAGUAGAAGAUCAAUCAUGUAUACACCACUUCCGAAAAAAGAUCCAUUGAUAAUGAUUAAACAAAAUGAUAUUCAACCAAUUUCAACCUCACCUUCAUCAACUUCUCCCAUAUCGUUACGUACGACGUCGCAUUUUACUAAGAUUCCAAAUAAUGAUUCUACUGUGGCAUUACAUACUUUGGAUAAUCCAAUGAAAUUAUCUCCAGAUUUUACUCCAAAUUCUUCCAAUUCUCCCAUAAUAAUUCAAUCCACUUCACCUACUAGUAAUAUAAUAACGAAAAAUUCUAUGCACUCUGUACCAAAUAAGAAUUUUGAAUUUAGAUCACCAACAAAGAAGAAAAAAAUUAUUAAACCAAAUACCUCUCCAAUAAAUAAUAAAAAUACGAACAUUGUCUCCCCAAUCAGUCGUAAAAAAUCUUCUUAUAAAUCAUUGCAUAACUCGUCCUAUAAAUCUUCCUCAUCUGCCUCUACUUCUACUUCCUCCUCUCAUCAAUCAAGAAGAAUUACAACAAAGGAUUCUGCAAGUGUAUUUGAAAGAUUAGCCGUCACCACCACCACAAGAUCUACACCUUCAUUACGUAAUAUCAAAAGAAAUAAAAAAUCAUUCACCAUAACAAAGCAAUCAUCUUUAAUAAAUAAUAAUACCAAUAAUAAGCAUACUCCUUCGCAUACCUCUUUGCAAAAUUUUAUUCCAUUAAAUGAAUCAUUAUCGCCUUUAAAAGAAUCACAAAAAAUUAAUAUUAUUCCCAGGAAAGAUCAUCGAGUUUUAAAUAGUAAAUCGACAAAUAAUAAUUUGUUAGAAAAAUCUGAUUUGUUACAAGAAAACCCAAAUAACUUAGACAGACCCAAAACAAUAGAUAAAAACACUUCCAAUUUGGAUAAAAAUAUUAGUCCAAGAAGUAGAAAAUCCCCAAAAAGAUUGACUAGAUUCCAAUUAUUACCCAAAACAAAUGAUCAAAAACAACAAGAUUUGAAACAAAAAUUAAAUGCAAGAUUAUCUGGUGUUAAAAGAUUACAAGAAGAACAAUCUCGUCAAAAAAAAUUAAAUGAAAAUAAUAUAAAAAAACAACAGCAACAACAACAACAACAUUUAUAUAAUGAUGAAUCAAGAACUAAAUAUUCCAACGAAACUACAAUUCGAAGAAUUUCUCAUACAAAUAUGAAUCCAUCUUUUAAUUCAAUCUUAUAUGAUUUAGAUACAAAGGAUCAUAGAACAAUCGCUAAUGGUCGUAAUGAUGAUAUCCAAUAUACUAAUAAUAAUAAUGAUGAACUCCAAACUAAUGAACCUCAUUACAAUACCGGUAGCCCCAAAUCAAGUAGAAAAUUAACAAAUUCGUUCCCUGAGAUCUAUUCGGAUUCUGAUGAUGAAGAUAAGAAUAUCUAUAAAUCUUGGGGAGAAAAAUCAAUUCUAGAAUCUCAAUUGAUUAAUCAACAGCAUUUAAAUCCAAGAGAAAUUUUUGGUAAUAUUCCAAUCAUAGAUUUAGAUGUCAUUUUCUCAAAAAAAAAUACAACAAAACCAAAUUAA